AUGUCAUAUCAACAGCCGCCAUCAUCUUCAAAUAAUAAUAAUAAUAAUCUACCACCAUUCGACUGGUCAGUGCCUGGUCGAAAUUUUAAUAGUGGCGCUCCUCCACCUCUUAUGGCGAUGCCAAAUAGGGAUGAUGUUCGAUUACCAUCAACGAUGGAACGUGUUUUAAAAUUUCGUGAUAAUCAACAUGAAGAAGAUCGUGUUACAAAAUUACAUAGUGGUGGUGGUCAUCAAACAGAUUCUGGCAUUGAUCAAAAUGAUGAAUAUGAUGAUGAAUCAGAUGAAGAAACUACUCCUCAAAAUGGUUUAUCACGAAAAGCAAAAAAAGAAGUCGAAAAACGACGGCGUCGUCGUGCUAAAAAGAAGACCAAAUCUACUGCUGCUCCUCCUACUCCUCAACCUCCCAUAGUUCCACAAUCAACAAAAUCCUCAGAUAAUUCUUCGAAAGAAAAUGAUAAGAGAAAGAAAACAAAAAAGCAUGAAUCAGAUGAUGAAGAUGAUCAUACGAAUGUUGAAAUUGAAUAUGUUCCAGAAGAUCUACCUGUGAAACGUGGCGAUGGUUAUUAUUCACAUUUUGUCAAAGUUUUCGAAAAUUUUAAAUUAGAUCAAAAUGGUGAUGACAGUAAAUUUGGAAAAAAACUUCUUGGCCCAAAAGCUCUUUUACCACGUGAUAAAACAAAUAUUGAUGAAAAUGAAGAUGAUGAUGAUGAAAAAGAAUUAAAUAAUCAUGAUAAAAAGAAAAAAGAUGAUGACGAUGAUGAACAAAAUAAGAAAAAAUCAAAAAAACAAAUGAAACGUGAAACACGUUUUAGUGUAGCACAAUUAAAACAACUUGUUAUACGACCUGAUGUCGUAGAAAUGUUUGAUGUUACAGCUAAAGAUCCAAAAUUACUUGUUCAUCUUAAAGCAACACGGAAUACUGUUCCUGUUCCACGUCAUUGGUGUGCAAAACGAAAAUAUCUACAAGGUAAACGUGGUAUAGAAAAGCCUCCAUUUCAAUUACCUGAUUUUAUUCGUCGUACCGGUAUUAUGGAAAUGCGUGAAGCACUACAAGAAAAAGAACAAAAUAAAACAUUAAAACAAAAAAUGCGUGAAAAAGUUCGUCCAAAAUUAGGAAAAAUUGAUAUUGAUUAUCAAAAGUUACAUGAUGCUUUUUUUCGUUGGCAAACAAAACCUCGCAUGUCUAUACAUGGAGAUUUAUAUUAUGAGGGAAAAGAAAAUGAAACACGUUUAAAAGAUAAAAAACCAGGUAUUUUAAGUGAAGAAUUACGUGUUGCACUUGGUAUACCUGUUGGACCAACAGCUGAUAAAUAUCCACCACCAUGGUUAAUUGCUAUGCAACGAUAUGGACCACCACCCAGUUAUCCAAAUUUAAAAAUUCCUGGUUUAAAUGCACCUAUACCUGAAGGUUGUCAAUUUGGUUAUCAUAGUGGAGGUUGGGGUAAACCACCUGUUGAUGAACAUGGUCGUCCAUUAUAUGGUGAUGUUUUCGGUACAAAUCAAUUUGCUUAUAUUCGUAGUAUGACUGAAGAAGAACAUAUUGAUAAAAAUUAUUGGGGAGAAAUUGAAGAAGAAGAACAAGAACAAGAAGCAGCUAGUUCAUCAGAUGAAGAAGAAACAACUGAAGAUACAGGUCUUGAUAGUGAAUUAGCUACUGAUGGACAAUCAAGUGUACCAACAGCAACAGACCAUACUCAUCAUCACGUACAUCAUCAUCAUGCUGCAUCGGAACAAGAACAAAUUAUCCAUCCAGCUGGCUUUCAAACACCUCAUGGUAGUGAAGGUUUUGCUACACCUAGCGGCACACAAUCAUCCAUACUUGGUACAGAAACACCACAACAGUUCGAACUACGUAAAUCUCGUUUUCAUGCAGAAAUGGAUGGUGAUGUAACACCCUCGCUAUAUACUGUUUUACCUGAAAAAAAUGUUGGUGUUGGUCAAUCAUCAUUAUUAUCAACGAAUCGUGUUUAUGAUUUUCAAGCAAUUCGAAAAGAUCAAAUGGGUCAAUCAGGAACAAAUCGAACUGAUACAUCUGGUGGUGUUGAUAUUGCUCUUAAUCCUGAUGAACUUGAUAUGAAUAGUCAAGCACUUGAAGCACGUUAUCGACAAGAAUUAAAUAAUAAAGAAAUAGCUAAAGAAGAUCUUAGUGAUAUGGUAUCAGAUCAUUUAAAUAAAACAAAUAAGAAGCGUAAAGGUAAACCAAAUGAUCCAAAUGCCAAAGGCGGUGAUAGUAGUGCAGCUAAAAAUUUGAAAAAAUUCAAAUUUUAA